AGGAACUGCACUCUUCCACGAGCUGUGGUCGAUGGUUGCUCGUCAUUUCACGUCGCCAUGGGUGUCACUGGUCUCUGGACCGUUCUUCAGCCCUGCGCGCGACCUAUCAGAAUCGAAACGUUGAACAAGAAGCGUCUUGCUGUAGAUGCCUCCAUCUGGAUCUAUCAGUUUCUCAAAGCCGUCCGCGAUAAGGAAGGCAAUGCCCUGCGCAACAGCCAUAUCGUUGGCUUCUUUCGACGAAUAUGCAAACUUCUCUUCUUCGGGAUCAAGCCAGUAUUUGUAUUCGACGGCGGCGCACCAGUGCUGAAGCGACAGACGAUCAGUAACCGUAAAUCGAGACGUGAAGGCCGACGCGAGGAUGCUGUCCGAACAGCUGGGAAGUUGUUGGCAAUACAAAUGCAGCGCGCAGCUGAGGAGGAGGAGAAAAGGAGGAAAGAGACAGCUCGGGAACGCCGCAAUGAACCCGAGGAAGAGAUACCAGAGAAUCUAGUAUAUGCCGAGGAGGUCGCGCAAACGGAACAAGAACGGCUUGCCAAUCGCACUUUCAAGAGGAAAGAUCAAUAUCAUCUACCUGAUCUUGGAACCUCUAUUGCGGAGAUGGGUGGACAAAAUGACCCCAGGAUCAUGUCACUGGAAGAACUCGAAGAGUAUGCCAGACAGUUCGAUCGAGGAGAGGACAUCAAUGUCUACGACUUCUCUAAGAUCGAUUUCGAUAGUCCCUUCUUUGUGAGCCUACCCGCUUCUGACCGAUACAACAUCCUCAAUGCCGCUCGAUUGAGGAGUCGGUUGAGGAUGGGAUACUCAAAAGAACAGCUAGAUAUUAUGUUUCCAGACAGAAUGGCGUUCUCGAAAUUUCAGAUUGAGCGAGUCCGGGAACGAAAUGAACUGACACAGCGAUUGAUGAAUCUUAAUGGCAUGUCAGAUGAUGCAAUGUUUGGGAACAAUGCUGUAAAUCGCGUCGCUGGCGAGAAGGGCAGAGAAUAUGUACUUGUCAAAAAUGACGGUGUGGAGGGCGGAUGGGCCUUGGGAGUAGUAACCAACAAAGAUGAAGGUAAAGCAGACAAGCCUAUAGACGUGGAUCGAAGUUCACCACCCGAAUUUAAGGAAGAAGAUUGGGAGGAUGAGGAUGAUUUUGAAGAUGUUCCAAUCGAAGGUCUCAACAGACUACCAAAGCCUAAAGCUGGUGCAUCAGAGAAAGACAAAGAGGGUCGGGAGUUCAUUUCCAGAGAACUGGCGAAGCGCAGGCAGCGAUUCUACCAAUCAAGAAAGAGGGGAUCCACAAAGCCUAAGCCAAGGAGAGUCGAACAGCCCGAACAAGAUCCCGAUUCUCUCUUUCUUGCAGACGAGACACAAGCGGCGGAAUGGGAGCAUGUGCCAGAUGACAAUGAAGACGACCUUUUCGAAGAAGCCGGCGACAGUGAGGAGGAUGAGCAGCUGAAGAAAGCCAUUGCGCUAUCUCUCGGCCAGCAGGACGGAGAGCCAGCAGAUCAAUCAAAUGAUUCAGAAGAGGAUAUAUAUGGAGAAGUCUUCCAGCAAGAACGAGUUGAAGAACCCGCUCCUUUUUCUGGCAAAGGUUCGGGCCUAGCCAUCGCAAGAAUGGCAAAUCAGCGGAGUAGUAAACUUGCCCCAACAGGUCCAUUCAACGGGAGCGAUAGUGAGGAUGAUGACAUGGAUCUGCAAGCUGCAUUGGCAGAAUCGAGGAGAUCGAAGAGAACCACUUCUGCGAAGCGACGAAGCUCAAGAUCGCCGGUCGCAGUACACUCACCAACGCCCAAGCCAGCCCACAAGCCCACGAAUGCUCCUGGUUUCGACGGACCCUUGCCAUUUGAAAGGCUCAAUCUUGGGAACUCCAUACUUGGAAAAAAGAAGAUGGAAAAGAUAGAGCAAGAGACUGCCGGCGGCUUCGAGAAAAAGCAAGAGCAGGGAAAGAAAGAGAAGGCUGAGCCACUUCCACCUUGGUUCCAAGGUGAACGGGAUAUGAGAGAUGAUUUGACUGCACAGAGGGAAGAGGAACGGCAAAGCUGGGAACAAGCACGCAAAGAAGAAGAGACACACUUUCAAUUUCAGGAAGUCCCACGACUGAGAAAACAGGACACUCGUGAGGUCAUAGACCUUGACGGCCCAUCGUCUCAUGAAACGCAAAGAGAGCCUAUCACGAUACAGUCAGAUGGAGAGGAAGAUAUCGAAGCUGUGAUCACUGUCGAUCCAAACGUUCGCAUGGGUGAUCUGGCUGAAAAGGUCCGAGCUGAACCACCGAAACCAUCGCCAGAGGCCCCGAAGAUUCAGCCCACUCAACCAUUCGAACAAGAGUCGGAUGACGAACCAAUCGACUGGUCUGAAAGCGAGCCAGAUCUUGACAGGUCUCUACGUCAGCAAUCAAAGUCAACCGGUAACGUCACCGAGCUUGAAGCGGCGGGUGCAAAGUCACCAUCCCCCGUGUUUGAAGAUGUACCUAUUGGAGAAGGGAGAAACGAUGUUGAGCUUCCGAAAUCCCCGUCGCCCGAAUUUGAGGAUGUUCCUCUUCAAGCCAACUUGACUCAGCUUCCGAGGCGUGAGCCAUCCCCCAUAGAGCUGCAAGGUGCUGUAGAUCUUGAGGUUGCGGUUGUUCCUCCGCGAGAUGGACUUGCCGACGACAAUGCACCAUUGGAGCUUCCUGACGAUGAGUCCGACCAAUACUCGGACCCAGAAGACGCGGAGCUCUUCGCGUCUCUAGCUGCAGAAGCUGAAGAACAUGCACGAUUUGCGCAGGAGCUCAACAACGCCCAGACCACGCGGAUCGACUUCAACGAGGAAUUAAAGCAACUUCGCGCUCAACAAAAGAAAGAUCGCAGGGAUGCCGACGAAGUCACACAAACAAUGAUCGCUGAGUGCCAGCAUCUGUUAACACUCUUCGGCCUACCUUACAUCACAGCACCUAUGGAAGCCGAAGCUCAAUGCGCGGAGCUCGUACACCUCGGCCUCGUCGACGGUAUUGUCACCGACGAUUCCGAUACCUUCCUUUUCGGCGGCACGCGUGUCUACAAGAACAUGUUCAAUGCCGCCAAAUUCGUAGAAUGUUAUCUUGCCAACGACCUAGCCUCGGAAUUCUCUCUCACCCGCGACAAGCUCAUUGCGAUCGCCCAACUGCUUGGCUCCGAUUACACUACCGGGAUCUCUGGCAUCGGACCGGUGACUGCUCUCGAGAUCCUCUCCGAGUUUGGCACCCUACAGGCCUUCAAGGACUGGUGGACCGGCGUCCAGGAUGGCAGCAUCUCCAAGGAAGCAGAUAAGGGCUCCCAAUUUCGUCGCCGGUUCCGCCGCUCACAGGGCACCAAGCUCUUCCUCCCGCCUACUUUUCCAGACUUCAACGUCACCGAGGCGUACCUUAAGCCCGAUGUCGACAGCGACCCACAGCCCUUUCAAUGGGGUGUGCCUGACCUUGCCGCCUUGCGCACAUUUCUCAGUUCCCAGAUCGGCUGGAGUUGGGAGCGCACCGAUGAGGUACUGGUGCCAGUCAUCAAGGACAUGAACAAAAGGGAGAAGGAAGGCACCCAAAGCAACAUCACUAGGUUUUUCGAGGGAAGCGUCGGCGCAGGAGCAUUCGCUCCGAGGGCAAGGGCCGGUGGAGAGGGGGGGCCCACCGGGAAGAAGAAGGGAAAAUCAGCUGCAGGGAAGAGACUGGGAGCUGCCCUGACACGACUUGCAGAAAGGGAGAGGCAAGCGCCAGAUGAGUCGCAGCCGGAUGAUCAGGAUGGUGCUGUCGAGACUGUAAGCGCUGUCUCUGAAGGUAUAACAAGCAAUACGAGGACGAAAAAACGAAAACAGGGCAAGGAUGCAGCCUCCGACGAUACUGCAGACGAGUAUGUCGGAAGUGACAUUGAUGAAGGGGUGGGCUCAAAUUCUAGUCAGCAGAGGAGAACUAGAAAAUCGAGAAAGGUCAAAUGAGUUAUUAGCUACACAUUAUAGAAGUAAUAAAAUCACGACAGUCGCAAUGACCCACGGAAUUUCUUUAAUGGAAUAAGCGUU